CACAAACUGAACUGACAGAGACACUGUUCCCUUUUAAAUUCAUAUGCUUUUGUAGUAGACUAAUUCUCAAUAUUUUUACUACACCCAAUUCAAAGAUCAGUUUUUUGAUAUACCCAUUUCAAAAGAUUUGAUAUUUUUAGUAUAGAAAAGCUUACCUAAGACUUGCUCGUUGACUCCUUUGUGGUUUCAGCAUUUAAGUCAAUUAAAACUUGAGUUGCCCGAACUCUUCUCUGAUCGAGCAGUGCUCCUCUUGGAAGUUAGGGGGAGAGGAGCCAAUGUUGCUUCAUCUCUUUUUUUUGUUAUCUCUCGUCUUGACAUUUAUAGACAAUGGGAAUGCUGGUAUAACUAGUGCAUUUGUUCGAACUCAGUGGCCGUCUGUGGAUAUUCCUCUUGAAAAUGAAGUAUUUGCAGUUCCAAAGGGUUACAACGCUCCACAGCAAGUGCAUAUUACACAGGGUGACUAUGAUGGGAAGGCUGUCAUAAUUUCAUGGAUAACUCCUGAUGAACCAGGGUCUAGCCAAGUGCGUUACGGCUUAUCUGAGGGGAAAUAUGAUUUUACUGCUGAGGGGACUGUAACAAACUACACAUUUUACAACUACAAGUCCGGUUAUAUACAUCAGUGCCUUGUUACUGGCCUUCAGUAUGACACAAAGUACUACUAUGAAAUCGGAAAAGACGAUUCUGCUCGGAAGUUUUGGUUUGAAACUCCUCCAAAAGUUGAUCCAGAUGCUUCUUACAAAUUUGGCAUCAUAGGUGAUCUUGGUCAAACAUAUAAUUCUCUUUCUACUCUUCAGCACUACAUGCAAAGUGGAGCCAAAAGUGUCUUGUUUGUUGGAGAUCUCUCUUAUGCUGACAGAUAUGAGUAUAACGAUGUUGGAGUCCGUUGGGAUACAUGGGGCCGCUUCGUUGAACAAAGUGCAGCAUACCAGCCAUGGAUUUGGUCCGCUGGGAAUCAUGAGAUAGAGUACUUUCCAAAUAUGGGGGAAGUAGUUCCAUUCAAAUCAUUUCUAUAUAGAUACCCAACACCUUAUCAAGUUUCAAGAAGCAGUAAUCCCCUUUGGUAUGCCAUCAGAAGGGCAUCCUCUCACAUAAUUGUCCUAUCAAGCUACUCUCCUUUUGUAAAAUAUACGCCUCAAUGGCAUUGGCUGAAGCAGGAGCUGAAAAAUGUGAAUAGAGAGAAAACUCCUUGGCUUAUAGUCCUUAUGCAUGUUCCCAUCUACAAUAGUAAUGAAGCUCAUUUCAUGGAAGGGGAAAGCAUGAGAUCCGUCUUUGAAAGAUGGUUUAUCAAACAUAGGGUUGAUGUGAUAUUUGCUGGCCAUGUCCAUGCUUAUGAAAGAUCAUAUCGCAUAUCUAAUAUACACUAUAAUGUCUCGGGUGGUGAUGCUUAUCCCGUACCGGAUAAAACAGCUCCUAUUUACAUAACUGUUGGUGAUGGAGGAAAUCAAGAAGGUCUUGCUUCAAGAUUUAGAGAUCCACAGCCAGAUUAUUCUGCUUUCCGUGAAGCUAGUUAUGGUCAUUCGACGCUAGAGAUCAAGAAUAGAACACAUGCAAUCUACCACUGGAACCGAAAUGACGAUGGAAUUAAAGUUACAACUGACUCGUUCACGUUGCACAACCAGUAUUGGGGAAGUGCUCGUCGCAGGAGAAAGUUGAAUAAGAAUCAUCUACACUCUGUCAUUUCAGAAAGGCCCUCCACUGCGCGGUUCUGAAACAUAGUUUCUCAAGCAUGUUGUCAACGUUGUUAUUUUAUUAUGCAUUUUUAUGGUACUAAUAUAUCGGCUUCUGUUGUUUUUUGAGCCGAGGGUCUCCUGGAAACAGGCUCUCUACCCUUCGGGGUAGGGGUAAGGUCUGCGUACAUAUUACCCUCCCCAGACCCCACGUGUGAGAUUAUACUGGGUUGUUGUUGUUGUCAACGUAGUGGUAGUUUUACGCCACGGUCCUACUGUCCAGUUUCAAAAUCUAUCUACUUGUGUUGAAGAGUGGAUCCAGCUACCUUACUACUAAGAAAUUUGUGUUGUUUAUGGCAGCAUCAUGUCAUUAUGGAAGUGUUAAGUCCUUGUAAAGUUCCCCGAAGAUGAUUGAAACUCUUUCGUGUUGAAAGUUGAAACAGCUGCUUAUUACAAUUUUAUCGUUAUGUUAUUGAAUUGACUAGUUUCUGGA